CUACAUGGACAUGUACGUUGUAUACUUUAGAUUUUAGGACUCCUACGAAAAGUGAAGAAACAUAAACAUUGUCUCAUCCUUGGGGUCCUGUUUGGAUUUGAUUAUCGGCAAAUACAACGAAGUUUGAUGAGCCUACACUUUGUAAUUUUUCGAUUAAGAAAUUUGUUCUUCGUUAUGGGUAUUUGGGUUCCCUGGUUCCUUCGAUGUUGCGAGAAAUAGCUUAUUUCCGUUGUGUUAUCAUCUUCACCGCAACAAGAUGCUUUACAGCUAUAUUCAUUGUAGUUGAGUUAUGAAUUUUAUUAUUUCAAUUUUUAAAUUUGUCAUUUCAUGAUUGUGAGUGGUGACCACAAUUUUGGACAAUUGUUUUGUGCUUUUAGUAUAUCAUAUGUAACACACCUUUGUCUUUUCAGCACUUUCCUGUGUGAUACGCAGUUCCGAUGUAGUCAGAAUGGUUUGCAUCUUCAGGGAAGCAGAAGAUAUUCACUCAAGGGAAUCUUCAAACACAUACAUCAAUAGUUUAGGAAGUUAUUUCAUUGAUUCCAACUUGCUAGUGGAUCUUAGUAACACCUCAAUUGGGUCAUUGGAUUCUAAUUAUAGUUCAGAUGCCUCUAUGGUAAGAUCAUUCCUGGCUCAAAAUUGAUGUUGAUCAAGACCUUUGACAAUUCCCACAAACAAAAGCAAUUGCCUAGCUUUUGUUUCUGCAUUAGCAGAGAAUUUCAUUGAACCUGUACUUGUUAGAUUUCUGACCAAUGCAUAUGAUCUGCAUGAUGUUAAAGCCCUGAGAACUAGAACUCAGCUUCUGUUGGAAAUUGUGAACAACUGCACGCAUGGUUUCUUUUCCUCUUUCUCAAUUUUGUUCUUUUGAUUUACAUCUGGAAUUAAAACAGAGGAAGUGGAUCUGUUCUCCAUCCUAUGUUAAAUGUGCAUGCGUUGAGUGGCCUUGACGACAAAGAAAUUUACCACACCUUUGUCAAAGUCAUAAGCCAAUGCCAUAUGUUGGCAUAUCUGGAGGCCAUCAACCACAUCUUUGUUUUUCCAGAGGAGCUGGUGCUCCCCUUUUUCAAAUCAUGGGCAACAUGUGUAUAUUAUAAAGAUAUGGGAAAGAGGUGGUAUAUUCUUGUGGAAUAUGUUCCAGUUAUAUUAUCAUAUCAAACAGAAUUUCCAUACCAGAAUGUCUUUUAUCAUAGUCAGAUAUCAAUAAAAUGGCCAUUUACUCGAAUAGGUCUUGAAACAUUGCAGUACCAGGAAUCUAUAUCACGAAUACCCCCUUACAUAUAAAAAAUAAAUAGCUCGUGGUUGACAAGUUAGGUGCUUGUGGGAGUAUGCUUCAGAUUCAGAAACUUGCUUGCAACGCGUGGAACACAUUCCUCAGCUGAAACAUUUUGGUUGCACAAUGGAUCUAUCUAUAUAUUGUAAGCAGAAACUUGAUUGAAUUUUCCAAAUGGGAACUCCCUGUUGAUAAGCUGGGAGAAAGUUAAUUUUCUGGACAAAUCAAUUUUUCUCAUACUGUUAUGUUAUUCCAAUAUUAUUUCUUUACGAGCUCAUAUUAGAUGCUCUUGAUUGUCAA